AUGCAUCCUUAUUGCUGGUACUACUUCAGUGAACAUCACACAUGCUUAAGAAGUGUUUGCUGGUUCCUUCAUGUACCCAGGGAAGACGAUGAAAAGUUUUGCAUGGAUAUUGUGCAGAAGUUCUGUUGUGUUGGUACUCCUCCUUUGGUCCAGCGAGCAGAGGAGAUUUUUACUGCUUAUUAUAGGACAAAUUCUCCUGGUGUGACUUUUAGUGAGAACAUUGUGAACCAGUUGCUCUCAUCUCUGCUCAGAUUGGCACUGCUCAAGGACCUGGUGUCAGUCAUCAACACACUCCUCACACAAAAGAGAAUGCCCCCUCCUGAGUUUGUGAUAGCACUUUAUGAACAUGUUCGGGAAAGAGGAAUCCUAAACUUUGUCCCUGAGCUCAUACAUCUCACGUCAAAGAUUACAGAGGCGGGGUGUGUGUUCAGUGUUGAGCAGUGUGAGAUGAUGCAGCUUCAUCUCGAGUAUUUGCAAGUGUCCAGACGUCUAAUGGACAUUUUCUGUGCAGUAAAAUGCAGGGCGCUGGCCACUAACCCACACACUGCUGAGCCGUCAGAGUUAGGCCAGGCUGUAGUCCGAGUGGAGCUUUGUAAGCAGCAAGAGGACUGGCCUGCUUUAGCACGCGUGUUCUGCUCUGUGUGUGGAGGUCGUCACAGUGCGGGAGAGCUGUCGAGGUUCUGCUGCUGCAUCACCACGGCACUGCUGAAAGAGUCUAGAGACAAACUGACUCUGCCUUAUGAACCAUUUGCUGAGUCAGUUUGUCAGGAAGUGCCAGCAGAUGAGAUGAUUAAAAGCUUUCUGGGACGAGUAGGAGUCUCACUGAUGUUCAGCUAUUACAGAACCCAAGACUGGACCAAGGGUUUGAAGCUAUUGUGCGUGAUGUCUAGAUUGCAGAUGGAAUUCACUAUGCUCAAAGGACUCUUUAGUAGUGAAAAUGGAGCAUCUCGCUGUCAGCUUGUCACCAUUGCAACAGAGUUCUUCCUUAAUAGUGGUAGCAUAGAAGGAGCGCUGAACAUGCUCAAAGCUAAUGAAUGGUUUGUGAGCUCAAGUGCAUGGCCAUGUGACCAGGCAGACAUACAGAACCGCAGGAGAGUACUGACUCUGCUCGCUGAGAAGACAUCAUACAGAGACACACUGGAAGUCCUUACCAAUUUGCCUGGGCUUAAACAGCCAGUGGAUGGUGUUCAGGCGAGUGAGUACAGUACCAUGUUUAAUGCACACCUUCAAAGGUGUGUGAUAAAUCAUGUGUUGCCGGUUGGUGCAGACACACUAGAAUUCAUGCUGAUUCAGGGAAUCCUACCGGACACAACAGAACUUCAACAACUCAUUCACAAACUAGGCAAACAGAACAGCUGGAGCCGUGCCAGGACUCUGUUCAGACGUGCUCAUUCUGCUGGUUAUUACUCUGGGGUUGUAUGUGACAAGGACAGCUUGGCUUUGCCCUGUAGUCUCACAGAGAUUGAGAUGACUCUGGCUUUUGAGAUGUUUAUUGCCUGCAUCUGUACAAGCCUUCAAAAUCUCAGUGACUCUUCGCGGCCACUGCUUAUCACACUCAAACGGUGCUCUGGCCAUGAGGUGGCAGUGGAGAGUGUGUAUUUGGCAGCUGGAUGCCGCCUGCUUUCAGCAGCACUGAUACCAAACCCAAAACUGAGCAUUCAUUACAACGCUGUCAGUCAGGAGCAGGAGCAGCUUUUUAAUCUGGAUCGUGGCUCUGCAGCUAAGUGGUUCUUGCACAACCGCAGCUGGGCUCAGGGGUUAUGGGCAAACACACACACUCUCACGAAAGCAAAAACAGCCUUUUAUUAAUUGUGAUGCUGAUAGUAUGAACAUUUCAAGUCUCUGAAAGACCUUUUGAAGUAAAUUGCCAGAAUCUCGAGUGACAUAGUAUAGUUCUUACAGAAUGUUGUUCUUAAGUUAAAAAACUAAGUUCUUAGAUAUAGGAAAAAGAAAUUGGCUUGUUUAAAUACAGACUAAGAUUUUGUGCUCAGUAAUAAAGGGCAUCUUUGGAUGUGUUCUUUCAGGGUGAGACGCUUUUUGGCUGCUUUUUUUUUUUUUUGGCAAUGCAAUGUCUCGUCAAUGUUUGUAAUAGAAAAACAUUUAGCAAAUGAGCCCCAACACCACACGGUUUAUGCUACAUAGGAAUGUAUCAGAUUUUGGCACUUAUUUUGCAUCUGCUUGUAAUCAGAAUUAACAUUAUAUUAUAAUCAACAUAUAUUUGUUUAUAUAUUUAUUUUAAAAGAAUUUUUACUUUUCUUUGUUUUGUGUGCAGUAGUUUGUUUUAGUAAGUCAGUAGGGAAAUGCUCAUUUUGAAAAUGAUGAAAGGGCUGUGCUUCAUUUUUUCAAAGACUGCAGUUUCAGUUUAUUCUGGAUUUUGUAUUUGUUCUAGAUAUUUAAAAAAUAAUUUGAAUAAUUCAUUCUCGUGCACGUCAAAGACAAAGUCAGGACAAUUUCAGCUAGUACCCAAGAACCUACAAAGCAGUGAUUGAUUGAGAUAAAUAUGUAAAUUUGUGUUUGUUUAUUAUUUAUUUAUUUAUUUAUUUUUAUUUCAGUUUCCAGAACAGGGUUAUUUAGACCGAUACAGUAGAUUCUAAGCAACAGUGAUCAGUAAUCUUACAACAUUUUUGCUUAGACAGACAUUGUGCCUGAAGAAUAGCUAGUUUUAUGACCAAUUGUCUACUGUUCAGCUUGCAUAACACCACAAGUUGUGUACUGGACAUGAUGGGGAACGUUCUACAGUUUGACCCUUGAAGCAUGUUAAGUCAUCCACUAGGUUCUUAGGCUUGAGGCCCUUAAUCUUAAGUAGUGAAAUUGAAUUCUUUAACAUGGUCAUCCCACAACUGUCUGGUUUUCAGUGUAUUUGCAAAGUAUGUGUUAAAAAUAUAAUUAAGCACAAAAUUUCACGUCUGUAAGAGCUGGAAAUUUGCCACGCACUGGUAUUCGUCUCAUACAUACCGAGGAUAAUGGUGAAACAAGGGAAAAAUAGUUUUAAAGUUAUGCAGCUGCUUCUUGUGUGGGUUAUUUUUUUUUUCUUUUUUUCAGUUUUCUAAAAUCAACCGUUAAAUAAAAAGCAAAAAGAAACACAAUACGAAACGCUUUGUGCCA